CGUGUCUUCAGCUUGGAGCCAAAUCAAUGGCAGAAAAAGAGGCGAGAAACUCCCCCAACUUAAAAAGAAUAAAAAAAGUUAAAAACAAUUAAAAAAUGUCCGAAGGAUAACCGGUUUUGAUUUUAAUUUCUCUCUCUUCGUUGUCGAUUUCAGACAUCCACAUUGGUCGUAGAUCUGUAAAAAUCUGCGUGUUUCGUUUUUUUUUGUGAUUUUGCAAUUGAGAUUCCGAGUUGAUUUCGAUUUGGAUCGUCUUGCUGAUUCGCAUUCCCGAUCUAAUCUGAGAGAUUCGAUUCGUUGUCGACAUUUUUGUUCGGUGGUGGAUCCGGAGAAGAAGAGAUGGAUCUAUCGGCGGUUAGCGAAGAGCUUGCUGAGCUCGAAGGACAAAUCAAUGACCUUUUCCGCGCUUUGUCAAAUGGAUUCCAGAAGCUGGAGAAGAUCAAGGAUGCUAGUAGGCAGAGCAGGCAGCUGGAAGAACUCACUGACAAAAUGCGUGACUGCAAGAGCCUUAUUAAAGAUUUCGAUAGAGAAGUCAAAAGCUUGGAAGGUGGAAAUGACGCCAGCACUAACCGGAUGUUGAAUGAUAGACGACAGUCUAUGGUUAAGGAACUAAACUCAUAUGUUGCUCUUAAGAAGAAAUACUCAUCCAAUCUAGCAAGCAAUAACAAGCGAGUAGAUCUUUUCGAUGGUCCUGCUGAAGACCACAUGGAAGAGAAUGUCUUAUUAGCUUCAAAUAUGACCAAUCAAGAACUUGUGAAUAAAGGGAACUCCAUGAUGGAUGACACUGAUCAAGCCAUUGAAAGAGGGAAAAAGAUUGUUCUGGAGACUAUAAAUGUGGGAACAGAUACUUCAGCAGCUCUCAAGGCUCAGACCGACCAAAUGAGUAGAGUUGUGAAUGAACUCGAUUCUAUUCAUUUCUCACUCAAGAAAGCCUCCAAGCUGGUCAAGGAAAUUGGUAGGCAGGUUGCUACGGACAAAUGUAUAAUGGCAUUUCUUUUCCUUAUUGUCAUUGGUGUCAUAGCAAUCAUCAUCGUCAAGAUUGUGAACCCAAACAACAAAGACAUCCGGGACAUACCGGGCCUAGCUCCACCAGCCAUGAACAGACGUUUACUCUGGAACCAUUACUGAAGACAAGAUUCUCAUUUCAAUGCAUUCAAUGUUGCUGUAGAUGAAACCCCCUCACUUAACCAGUUUUCAUUCCCAUGGCUCCUCUCUGCUGCGCAUUUGAGAAGUCGCAGAAAUCAAAUUCCUUUUCAUUACAGUCCCAAGAUUCAGAAACCAUUUUUUUUGUCCAUCUGCUUGUAUAACGAAGACUCUGCGUGUUUGUCUUUUUUUUUUUAAAUGUCGUGUCUAUUUCAUGUUAAUUUAAUCGAUCCUAUGUUUUCACUGGUUUAUGUUGAAACUCAGUAUGUAUCAUAUUCGAUCACUUGUACGACUAGAUGACUCCCCAU